UCAGCUCUGUUACACUAUGGAAACUCCAAGUGUUUGUCUUGAAAUCUAACUGACGGGGCCGGCCACCGUCCCUAUAAGAAGCAAGGACUGAGCGAGCACCUCGCAUCAGACACAGGAGGAGUCUGCUCUGCCUCUCCCUUGCAGCUUAUCUCUGUCCAUAAUGAACGUCUCUGCAGUGUGCCUCUCCAUCAUCCUUGUUGCUGCCCUCUUUUCUCAGGCCUCUCCUGCUCCAAUUGGGGCUGACACAACUGUGUGCUGCUUCAGCUACACCUUACGAAAGCUGCCCCAGAGUCAUGUGAAGGAUUAUUUCUACACUAGCAGCAAGUGCUCACAGCCAGCAGUUGUGUUCAUCACCAGGAAGGACCGUGAGGUCUGUGCUAACCCUGAUGCCAGGUGGGUGAAGGAAUAUGUGAACACCCUGGAGCUGCAGUGAUCACUGGGAGCUGAGAGGUCUAUGCCCUGGAGAAGUCCUGCAAGACCAUCCAGCAGAGUCUUGGCACAGACCUAGAAACCCUGCUGCUGAGCACCAGGACCUGCUGAGCCACCUUGGGACCCCUGAAGUUCCUUUUGUCUUGCAAAGAUGUCAUUUAUCCAUGAUAAUUUAGCCACCCUUAUGGGCAGCUGUGAUGCUGGGGACCUCCUGGCCUUGCAGACCUGUCUUGACAUAGCCUGCUGUGUGACAUGUGGCUAAACUGUCCCCUCCUUGUGCCUCCGCUGCUAGAAUGGGAGGGGGAUUUUAUCCCCACAGCUAUUUGUGGGAAGUGGUCUGUUGAAAUUAGGUAUGAGUGCUGUCAUGUAAACCCAGGCUGACUUCCAAGUCAGCUGGCUGAAUUUUGCCAUGGUACGGUGGAUGCUGAGAGUAAGAUCUGUCUCCUUAAUGGAGCAAGUGGUAUGCUGGUUACUUGCAGGAUGCUCAUUGUGGAACCACAUUGUUCAGCCUUGUUCUCAAAACGCUGUCUUUUGCGGGUGCCAAAGAAUAAAGAUUUUUUCCCUC